AAACACAUGAAAUCAACAAAAUCACAAUGUAAACAUUUCCAACCGGAUGCUGGACGAGGAGACGAGAGGAGGAGGAGGAGGAGGAGGAGGGGAAGAGGAAGAUGAAGAGAACCGGGAUGUUUCAGAUGAAAAUCAGACAACUGAUAGAGAGAGAGGUUUGAAAGUAGGACCCCCGAUGUGUGAGCAGGGUCAGAACGAAGCGUCCGACAGAAGAAAUGUGGAUGUUGAAGCAGUUUUCUACCGAUCGCAGAAUGAAGCUAUGUUGAGUGUGUGUCACAUCCCCCGAGAAGGUCCCGUCGGAGGCGAGUGGGACCCUUCAGACGACCACGAGAGCGGCGACAAGUCUAACAGAGCACUAAAGGGAAUGACUGUGAAAGACUUUGAGGCUCUUCUUGCCCUCAGAGAUCACUCCUGCGUCUUGAGCUCGGCCCUCCAGAUCCUCACGGCACCGACCAAAAACGGCCACAGCUCGCCUCCCACAAGUGCUUUCACCUCCCCCACGGACAUGAACGCCAACGGGAAGGCACAGAGAAUAUUCCUCAGCGAGGCUUUGGAGCUCCUGCAGGCCAUGCUGUCGGCUUUCAUCAGCCGGUUGGAAACACUUCUGACGCUGGAGCAGGCGUGCAAAACCUCUGCUCAGAAGGACGGACUGGUAAAUCACCACGCUCCCAGCAUCAAAGUGCCACAGCCGGAGGGUGCAGUGGACCGCUGCACCAAAGACGUGAAGCAGAGAGCAAAAGAAACCAGAGAAACGCCUGCCGGUCAACAAGAUCUCGUCAGCAGCUGCAGGGAUCCCAAAAUGCAGCUUUCCUUGCAGAUUCUCUGGAUCCUCCAUCAGUGGUGUCAGGUUAACAGGCCGGACACGGAGGGAAAAGAGGAGAAGAGUGACAUGUCCGUACUGCGAGGUUUGUUGCGAGACCUCGGUGAAGAGCUUCAGGAUGAGCAGAUUCAAUUUGACAGCGAGGCCAGGGCAGCUCCGGGCGAGACCGCCGAGCGUGCCGUCAGCGCUGUCCUCCAUGAUGGACGAUCCAGUGGCGCCGGCAGCUCAACGGGGAGCAGAGUCCGCCGACAGUGUUCUCCGCACGGCGCAAAGAGGAGCAAGAACUGGUGCUACGUGAGCCAGGAGGCGGCCCAGCUGGACCGAGAGGACCCCGUUAAGACGUGGGACCAUCUAAUCAUGCCGCUGAGCUUCCCUGAUCUCAACUUUGAGCAGCUGUCGAUGGAGAGGAGCCACACUGCCCCGGAGAAGUCGGUCUUCCGCAUCUAUUACAGCCCGCCGUCGGCCCGCAGAGUCCAGCUGGCUCAGCAGAGGCAAAGCCCCGUCUCAGACAGCGGAUCGGCCAGCACGCCCUCCCCCUGGUGCACGCCGCCGACCUCCUUCUCUCAGCUCUGUCUGGGAUCCUCUGCCAACCUGAGCGACGACAUGAAGGAGAUGACGGCCGGCUGGAGGCAGACGGGUCUCAGCGUCUCGCAGGAGAAGAGGGGGAGGCCGGCGGAGCGCUGGGCGGACGUGGCCUGCUCAGAGACCCAGACCCUCACCAAGCCUCAGAUGGUGAGCGUGGGCCAGCAGACCGAGGGGACUCAGAGCUCCAGAAACAGCCCCGCAAGAGUCCUGAGCCCCUCGCUGGCCUCCGCGCGCUCCCACCACAUCUCCUCCUCUUUGGAUGGGAUAGCAGGCCGAGCCGAGAGGCCGCGGUCGUCGACCUCCUCACCUAAACUGUACCGAAGACACUCGGCUUCAGCGGUGUCCUCCAUCCCCUCGCCCACCAACCUGAGCGCCUCUUCCUCUUCCUCCACGUCCAGAGACCGAGCUCUGUGGAAUCUGUCGCACAAAAGUCACUCGGGCCUCGUUUUGCAUCGACAGAGCAGCCCCCGUGGAGGCGCCGCUCAAAACCACGGCUCUCUGAGCGGCAGCAAGCCCCCCGGCAAACCAACCGGCGCCAACCGGUACGGCCUGGUGACGGAGUUUCUCCGCAGGGUGAGCGGCCGGGCGGACAAACCGGCGCCGCCCGGCUCGGGACAGAAGACCAAGAGCCUGAAGAACCUGGAACGAGUCCCAACGCGGCCUCCGACUGCCCCGCUGCACCGGAACGACAGCGUGACGAGGAUCGUCAACCAGAGGUUCAUGAAGCAGAGAGACGAGGCCGGUCGCGGUCAGAGGGAGGAGAAGGGGAGCGGCCUGAACCAGAGCGGCAGACACAGCAUGAGCACCACCACGACAGAGCAGGAAGGGAACUAUGAGUGCAGCUCCAGCAGGACGCUGACCUUCUGCUUCGCCCGUCCGUCUCGCUCCACCCAGAGACAGACCUCCAACCCGAGCAAGCCCCAGCGGCACAGACACCCGCCCGCAGUGAGCGCCGCGGCGGACUCAAGCUGCGGCUGAAGCGGAAGCUUCACGUCGGCACCCCUGAGUGGAGCGAACAGAUUUAGCACUUAGUCUUUAAACUCAGCCUCACAGGAGGCGCUUCAGCAGAGUGAUACAGUCCACCGUAUUAGAUGUAUUUCUUUUGGUGCAACCCCCAUCUCCUUUUAAUCCUUCUGUCAUUUGCUUAUGAUACAUUUUAUACUAUCUCUA